AGUAAUUUCGCAAGCAUCGACCCAGCCAAUUCAAUCCACGGCUUUGCUCCGCUAAACGCCCGGCUCCUCAGCACCCAGGGGAGCCUCCCUUCAUCACGAUUGUCCCUCACACCUCCGAGUUCUCAAACAUCUUCGGAUGCUCUCCCUGUCGCGCACUGGUUCCAAGCCCUCUUCGACCCAUCGUGCUUCGAGCCUCCAGCCUUAGCUAACCUUACGUUGCUGCGUCUGGCCUGGGGCCGGCUUAGGUAUGGUUGCUGAUGUCUCCACUGCCACAGUCCGCAUCCCCAAGCCAACCAUCAAUUGGAGACUCGGCCAGAUAUCAGCUGAGGGAAACUGGCUCGUCGCCAUCCUCUCGAUCGGAUCGAAACAGGAGGCAACAUAAACCGAUCCCGUCGCCAUUGCAGCAGGCAUCCUACAGCUCUCCUGCAUUUUCCACCACCUCUCCUACCUCUCACGAUCAGCCCCGCUCUCCGCGCGAGAUUCUCGACCAUUUAAUAGCUACGGAAAAGGACGAGGUUGUGCCAUCAGCACCAUCAGGGCAAGAAACACCUCGCGGCAAUCGUGGCAGUCCGAAUCGGACAUCGGUCGCUCCAUCCGUUCCAUUGUCUCCUCCUACCUCCCCGACCUCCACCGGCAAAAUCACACACACGAUGGCUUCGACAACAACGGCAGCUCAGGGACGACCCGGAUCUCGCCCUGUCCCUCCUCGCAAUCCCUCCAUCGACUCGGCCGUCUCAUCCAUAUCCUCCAGUACAUCCCAAUCCUACCAUUCUACCCCAAUAAGGUCGGCGCAAGACACGAGAGCUCCGCCAGACAUGACAAGUCUCAUUCUUGCAGCGGGCUCACCCGAGGCCGCGCUCCUGUCCCUCUGGAAAGAGAGACAGUCGGCUUCAAACCAUAAUGCUCAGCUGUGGAGAUUGGUGGAAAAGCAGCGAACCAUGAUAUUGGGCCUGAAUAAAGACCUAGAACGAGCUCUGAAGGACAAGGAACGGUAUCGUAAGAAGCUCAAGGAUCAUAUGGCGCAAGCACCGCCUCUCCCGAACACGGCGCAACGGUCAAAUAUGGCGCAUCGGGAUCACAGCUCGUCUCCGGCGAAUAGUGAUGCUGCCGACGAUUUGGGACAUAUGCGCCAAACCCUUCAUGAACGAUCUACAAAGAGUGCGUUGGCUACGGCAAUGUCAAAGGCAAACCGAGCAGGGUCUGAGUCUCCGCGCGGAGGUCCGCAAGUUCAAUCGACCCACUCGCCCAUCCAAACUUCGGGAUCGAUGUCUGCCACCGACUCGGCGAUUGGCAGCCAUGAACCGUCACCAACGGAUGCAUCCAUACAUCAACACGCGAGACCAAUACCAGGGCCUAACAAUGGAGCCGUAACUGGUGUACAUGAAGGCCCUCGUAACCCGCCCAAAGCAACCGGUGGCCGCCGGGAAGACGAGUCACUCUCUCCAAAAACUUCAUCGGUAGGAACCAGCAGCACCCUGCAUGUCCAAGACCCCAGCAACCCACCCGCCCUCUCACUGACCCAAGCUACUCCCAUCGUUGAGGGCGGGCGCUUCUCAAACCCGAUCCAUGAGCGGACAGGCUCGGCGACGGUUCGAAAAGCACCUCCCAAGCCUCUCGACCUUUCCAACAAGUCCGUCCACCCAAGCUCGCAUCUACACGCUGCCGGCCCCACGGAUGGUUCCGAAUCCGAAUACGAUGACCAGCUAGAAGUGGAUGAGAUACCACGGUUCGAGCGCGGGCGACGCAAAACCCGGGAAGAAGACGACCACCUAAGGGAGGCACAUUUGAAGCAAGAACAAGAUAGUCGCAGCAUGUCCAAAAAGAAAGUGAAAAGCAAGAGCAAGAGUAAGAGUCAGCCGACCUCCGAACAGACGUCGCCUGUGGACACCGAGAAGACCACAGUUGUGGAAGCUGGGUCCAUGUCUGGGUUUGUAGGGCUACCAGCGUCGCCCCGUGCCAUGCAACAGUCCGGAUCAAUUGCAGCCGUCUUGAGUCCUGGCGCAUUGUCCGAUCGGCCGGCUAUUCAACGCAGCGUAAUAUCUCCUCCCUUAAUGAGCCCCGGGCUUCCUGUCAGUCCACGGCCGGGCGAUCGUCCAAUGAAUUCCCCUGCCCCUCGAAUGCUCCACAGCAACACUCUUACUUCACCUCCCAUGUCCCCGCGAGGAGCCAACGGUAUCCCAUUGUCUCCACGCGCUCCUCGACAGCCGAUCCCUCUCCCUCUAGCUUCCCCGCUUUCCGUCACAUCCCCACACCUUGCUCGAGCGGAAGGGUACCAGGUCCACCAACAGCCACAGCCGGAGCAACAUGGAGUUGCGCAGGCUUCCCUUGCCGAGAGACUACAGGUUUCACAACCGCAGUUAGCUCCGACCGAAUCGGAGAACCAGUUGGGCCGUGAGUCCGCACUGAGUGGCAGCCAACCCCCGAGUCCGGAUAACAUCUAUCGUGGACUAGUCUCCGAUAACUACCCGGGUCUUCUUCUACAGCCGAAUGCACUCCCCUCCAUUAUGAUACGAGUCUCGUCAUCCCGACUGCGCCCGAGUCGCCACAGUAUGCUCCUAGCAAGACCCCUCGAGGAAGAUCCGGUGUUUAUCCUGGGAAUCCACGCGCGAUCCGACGGCCGUCAAUUGUGGAGGACGGAAAAAACCAUUGCCUCGAUACCGGUGUUCCAUAUGACGCUCAAGGACCGUCUCCAGGCAAGCGGAAUUGGUUCCAGUGGAUUGGACGUCAAGGUCCCGGACCGUAGUCUCUUCGCCGGCCAUGCGCCGGCCAAGAUCGAUGCCCGACGUGCCGCAGUGGACAAAUAUUUCGAGAGCGUCCUCGAUACGGAAAUGGACGAGAUAGCGGCGCUGAUGGUGUGCGGGUUCCUUUCGACGGAUGCGAUUGGUGCCGACGCGGAGGAAGCGUCGCCUGGCGGAUUCCAACCUUCCGACGCGGGGGCAAGUGCAAGCAGCGCGAGUGCCAGCACCCUCACUCAAACAUCCUCAUUGAGUAAGGGUAGUGGCUCGCGCGGACGUACAGGGAAGGAGGGAUACCUGACCAAACGCGGGAAGAACUUCGGCGGAUGGAAGGCGCGAUACUUCGUUCUGGAAGGGCCGGAGCUGAAGUACUAUGAGAUGGCGGGUGGGGCGCAUCUAGGCACCAUCAAACUGAUGCACGCCCAAAUAGGAAAGCAGAGCCCACAGGCGUCGUCGUCGAGCGCAUCAGGAAACAGCCACCAGGACGACUUGGAUAACCAGUACCGCCAUGCCUUCCUGAUCCUCGAACCCAAGCGGAAGGACCCAUCCAACCCGGUCCGUCACGUGCUGUGCGCUGAGAGUGACGCCGAGCGGGAUGCCUGGGUCGAAGCGCUGGUUUCCUAUGUCGACCCCGACGAUUCGGAGAACCCGAAGAGUCCGAAGGAUCGAGACCCGAACUCGGCCCGCAGCGCAGAGUUCCCGCUCCCCGGUAAGCAGUACCGUCCGGGUGAGGCCAAAUCACGGGGCAAGGACGGCGUGAAUCCGGGGGAGGCCACGACGGUCCAGGCAGUAAGCUACGAUGCGACUGUCCCUGCCGAAGCCCCUAUUCGAGGCGGGACCCCCAACUUCGGUUAUCGGGACCCGAACGGCCAUCACGUCCCAGGGAGCCCGACAAUGGGCGGCUCGUUUUCUCAUGCGCAGCCCAUGCACCCGCUCAUUUCCGGCCCGACGAAUGGCUCCGUCAUCCACAACGUCGGCAUGUGGGGGAACAAAGCGGCUUCCUCCCUGAGCGUCAAGGACAAGAAACGCAGCAUCUUCGGUUUCCGAGGCCGCUCUUCUUCAGACCUCGUAGCACAGGAACAAAGGCCACAACCGGCGCCUCAUGUGGUCUUCGGCAUCCCCCUUGCUGAAGCCGCGGAAUGCUCGCAACCGCUCGGAGUUGAUGAAUACCUUCCAGCCGUGGUAUAUCGCUCAAUCGAAUACCUGCGAGCGAAGGGUGCUGCAGACGAGGAGGGGCUAUUCCGGCUCAGCGGGUCGAAUAUCGUCAUCAAGGGUCUGCGGGAGCGAUACAAUACUGAAGGUGAUGUUCGGCUGUUGGAGGGUGAGCCGUACGAUGUUCAUGCUGUCGCAAGCUUGCUCAAGCUGUAUCUACGGGAACUUCCAGUGAGCAUCUUGACACGGGAGUUGCAUCUUGAUUUCCUCAAAGCGCUCGAAAUCGAAAACCGAGACCAGAAGAUUGCGAUCUUCAACCUGCUGGUGCACAGGCUUCCCAAAGCCAAUUAUUUCCUUUUGGCUGCGCUUCUUGGAUUCCUCUUAGAAAUCGUCUCGAAUUCGGAGGUGAACAAGAUGAAUGUUAGGAACGUUGGCAUUGUAUUUGCCCCGACGCUGAACAUUCCCGCGACCAUUAUUUCCCUUUUCUUGACCGCCUAUGCUGCUAUCUUUGGAGCAGCACGAACUUCGGAACACGAGGAGUUCACCCUUCCUGCUCCGACGGACACCCGCGAAUUAUCGGUUCCAUCGAACCAGGUCGACAGCCUCGGGAUUCGCUCCCCACGACAUCAGAUGUUCUCCGAUCUCCCCACCCCGAGCUAUCGGCAGACGUUCCUGGGUGGGAACGGAAACGGGCCGGCGCAUGGUGGGCCUGCUCCAGCGGGGUAUGCUCCAGGAAACCCCGGUCUAUCGCGCAUGGGACCACCACAGGCGGAUACGGGCUUCAUCCCAUUGCAUCCGUCUUACGAUGCUCCGCCGCCGGCAGUGAACUACUCCACCAAUGAGGAUGGGAACCAAGCCGCGGGCUAUAAUCCAUCGCAGAUUAUGGGCGGGCGGGAUGCGAAGCAGCGGCGUCGCGAAAGCAGCAUGCUCAUGAUGAACACAAACGUGGCGAACCAACGGCAUCCAUCGAUGCAGCGGUUACGCGAGGACGCGGGACUGGUGCGGGAAGAGAGUGCGUUUGAUUGAUUUCGAGGCGUCGUUGAAGCGAUGGCGCAAUGCCACAUUGUGAUGAGCGACGAGAUCGAUGGUGAAGGCGUUGGCGAUGUAAAUGUGUCAC